CACGUGCAUCUCCCGUUUAUAAAAACGCAUGGAGAGCAAUGCACCGCACUUAAAUUUCUCAAACCCAAAAAACCAUAACUUACCAACACCAAAUUCAAAAGAAGUUGCAAAAAACUUCAGCAUCAAAAAAAAAAAAGUUGCAAAACUAGCAAGCAAAAAGCCUUUUCCACACCUCCCAUCUUUUUGCAUUGUUUUGUGACACACAUAUAAGAGAAUAGUGACAAUAAAGUGGGACACUCUGAGAGAGAAAGAAUAAGAGAAAUAGAAACUUUGUUUUGUAUUUCUAAAACUUCAUCAUUUUUGCUAAUUAAAAAAAAAAAAGGAGAGACAGAAAACAGAGAAAUAUAUUAAAAACAAAAAAAAUGGAGGGAAAAAAUGAGAUUAAGCAAUCUAAGUUUGGGAGAAUUUGUGUUUUUUGUGGUAGUAGUCAAGGCAAGAAGAUUAGUUAUCAAGAAGCUGCCACUGAGCUUGGCAAAGAAUUGGUGUUAAGAAACAUUGACCUGGUAUAUGGAGGAGGAAGCAUAGGAUUAAUGGGCCUGGUUUCUCAAGCUGUUCAUAGUGGAGGUCGGCAUGUUAUAGGAGUUAUUCCCAAGACGCUCAUGCCUCGAGAGAUAACUGGUGAAACUGUAGGGGAAGUGAAGGCUGUGGCAGAUAUGCACCAAAGAAAAGCAGAAAUGGCUCGCCAUUCUGAUGCUUUUAUUGCACUACCAGGUGGUUAUGGAACUCUAGAAGAGCUACUUGAGGUGAUUACAUGGGCUCAACUUGGCAUUCAUGACAAACCGGUUGGUUUACUAAAUGUGGAUGGAUACUAUAAUUCACUACUUACUUUCAUCGACCAAGCUGUGGAAGAAGGGUUCAUUAGUCCCAGUGCACGCCAUAUUAUUGUUUCUGCUCCCACAGCUCAAGAGUUGGUUAAGAAAUUGGAGGAGUAUAUUCCUUGCCAUGAAGGUGUAGCUUCCAAAAUGUGCUGGGAGGUGGAUCAGCUAUGAUACAGUGAAGAAUGGUGAUGUAUGUAGAUGGUAAUUUGGAUAGUUUUGAGCAUAGGGUUUAGAGAAGACUGAUGGGUGAAAUGGUGGACUGAUGUAAGAAGAAGAAGACUAAUUUCAUAGAGUAAAAAAUCUCUUGCAGGGGUUCUUUUUUGUAUAUUAUCACUGCAGACAAUUUCAAAUAUCUAAGCUUCAUUUAUAUCCUUGAAUUUUCGAUUUUCUUUGAAAUUGUAACUAGCAAAAUCUAGUCAAAUAUCCCCCGUAA